CUCAGCAAACGCUUCCCUCCACUAAUCUGGGUAUCAAAAAAAGGGCCACCUCCAUCCUGCUUUUACAACCAUCAGCACCAAAACCAUCCCAAGCUACCCUUCAUCCAAACCCUCAAGAGAAGAUCCAGCCGCGCGUAUGACUGGUCGUCCGUCGGUUUUCACGUCCCAGGUAUGUCUACACAGUACAGUAUCAAAUGCUUCACUUUCUUUUCUCUUUGACGAUCCUUUUGACCCACGUUCUGCACCUGAUUGCGAGCGCUCGCGACAUUUAAACGUCACAAUUGUAUCAUUUUAAGCUCUUCUUCCUGUGUGUCAAUUGUCCGAGUAGCUUUCGCAUUUACAUACUACCCCCAAAACAUUAGCAUUCCUUGACUAACGGUAUUACAGGAUUAUAUUUCAGGUACUUUUUCUCUGAAUCCUCUCACUACAUGCCACACCGCCAUAUUAACCUAUCCAACUCAAUAGAUCACAUCUGGAAAGCUUCAGUGAACGGAAAGUAGCUUCUCCAACCCGUACCGCCAUCUAAACAUCUCGAUAUCUACUCGAAAACAUACCCCACAUCAUGUUUGCUCAAUUCGUCAAGGCUGCGGCUUUCAAGUCAGCAGCAGGAAGCAUGCGUGCUCGCGUGGCUCAACAAACCCGAUUCCUGGCAACAGUCGAGGGCAGCUUUGGUCGUGCUAUGCCAGUCACCCGUCCCAAGGCUACUCCAAUCUCCCACGAUCGUGCUACAUUCACAAUUAGGGUACGGUCCCUCGAUGUGGUGGGUUGAGGAAAACUGGCUGAUUUGAAUAAUAGGAUGGACCAGUCUUCCACGGAAAGUCUUUUGGUGCCAAGUCCAACAUCUCUGGAGAAGCCGUCUUCACCACCUCGCUCGUUGGAUACCCCGAGUCGAUGACCGAUCCUUCAUACCGUGGACAAAUCCUUGUCUUUACUCAACCCCUCAUUGGCAACUAUGGUGUCCCCUCCUCCAACCGCGAUGAGCAUGGACUCCUCAAGUACUUUGAGUCUCCAAACAUUCAAUGCACAGGUGUUGUCGUUGCCGAUUACGCCGAGAAAUACAGCCACUGGACUGCCGUGGAGAGUUUGGCCAGUUGGUGUGCUCGCGAAGGUGUUCCAGCAAUUUCCGGAGUUGAUACUCGUGCUAUUGUAACAUUCUUGCGAGAGGAGGGUUCUUCUUUAGCUCGAAUCACUAUUGGAGAGGAGUACGAUGCUGAUCAGGACGAGGCUUUCAUUGAUCCCGAGCAAAUCAACUUGGUUAAGAAAGUCAGCACCAAGGCACCAUUCCACGUCAGCUCUCAAAAUGGAGAUAUGCACGUGGCAGUCAUUGAUUGCGGUGUCAAGGAGAACAUCUUGAGAAGUUUGGUUAGCCGUGGUGCAAGUGUCACAGUCUUCCCAUACGAUUUCCCUAUCCACAAGGUUGCUCACCACUUUGACGGUGUUUUCAUCUCCAACGGACCAGGUGACCCAACUCACUGCCAAGAGACUGUUUAUCACUUGUCUCGAUUAAUGGAGUCUUCUCAACUUCCUAUCUUUGGUAUCUGUCUUGGACAUCAAUUGCUCGCUCUUGCUUCCGGUGCACGAACCAUCAAGCUCAAGUAUGGAAAUCGUGCCCACAACAUUCCAGCUUUGGAUUUGACCACUGGUCAAUGUCACAUUACCAGUCAAAACCACGGUUAUGCCGUUGAUACUCCUACCCUUCCAGAGGAAUUCAAAGAGUACUUUGUUAACCUUAACGAUGGUUCAAAUGAAGGUAUGCUGAUUCUUGUGAAAUUGAAGAAGAAUCAUUCUAAUUAAAUUAUAGGUAUGAUCCACAAGACCCGACCAAUUUUCUCCACACAAUUCCACCCAGAAGCCAAGGGAGGACCCAUGGACUCUUCUUACCUGUUUGACAUGUACAUCGACAAUGUCAAGCGAUACAAGGCUACCCAAGCUGCAUACGCAUCUGGCAAGGACACCCGACCAUCGCCUCUUCUGGCUGAUAUCCUUUCCAAGGAGCGAGUGGGUGUCGAGCCUGCUCAGCCUGCUGAGAACUUGGCUCAAGCUGCUGCAGUCGCUCAACAAGCCGCUGCCGCUGCUGCAUGA